GACAACCACGGCUGGCUGCCUGGCAUGACCGCGCUGGAUAACUUGCUCUAUAACUUCAUCUUUAUACCGUUGCUUUCACCUCGUGAGCCUAAUGGGAGAUCGGCCUGGAUAUGCCCCGCUCGGGGACUUCUACUGUGUGCCGUCCGAGUAUGCCGAGGACCUCAGUAGGUACGGCCCCGGUGGUUUCCACCCCGUCCACCUUGGCGAUGUGCUUUCUGUACUUCCUGGUGGCGAUGGACCAAGAUACCGCAUCCUCCACAAGCUUGGCUACGGGGGGCAGGCAACGGUAUGGCUUGCAGAAGACAUGGCGAGCGAGAAUAAGCGUGGGGUUGCAAUAAAGAUCCUCAGCUCCAACUGCAGCGGGCACGGCCUGGAUAAUGAGAUUUCUAUUCUGUUGUCUUUGGCUCAGCACCACCGAGAUGCAGCCCACCCAGGCUCACGGAACGUCGUUCGACUAUUAGAUUUUUUCAAGCUACAUGGACCGAACGGCGAGCAUGAUGUUCUUGUCUUCAACCUCUGCUUCGCGAUGAAAGACUUGGACCUGCGGUGGAGUAUGAAGACUAGGCGGAGAUUCGGUUUGCAGCUCGUACAAGGGCUAUCCUACCUGCAUGCACAUGGCAUCGUUCACGGAGACCUACACCGUGCAAACUUAGGCAUCCACAUACGCGCAAUGGAUACGAUACCCGCUGAACGUGUCCUAGCACAUCUCCUCCUCCGCCUGACACCGGUCGUUCCACGCGACUGUUUGAAGUAUCCACCUGCGUUAAUGCCAAAAUACACGGUCGAUCAACCAUUCGGGAUUGACCCCCAGAUGGCACAUCGCCUGAUCCCUCUGAUUGAGGAAGGCGGUAUGGAAGAUUUACAAUUGCAAAUCAUGGAUCUUGGAGAAUCAUAUGGAACUGGCCAGCCAAUUCCAGAACCAAACAUGCGCGCCCUCGUGGCUCUCUCACCCGAGAUUUUGCUGGGCGACUUUGUCAUGAGUGAAGUUGACUUCACCUUCGGAGUCCGCGCUGAUCUGUGGGCACUUGGUUGCACGCUCUUCGAACUACUGCUUUGCUUCCGGCCCUUUCCGGGAAGGUCCAAGGAUGAGAUUUGGUGCAUGAUGUGUGGUUUGGCUGAGGGGCAAAUACCGGAGGAAUGGCGUGGUCGGCAUGUCCACUUAGAUGAGUCCGCGAUCAAAUGUCUCAUGGGGGAGAACACCUGGUCACAACUGCGUGCCGAUAUGCUCGCAGAUCCGUUGCACCGUGUUCCCGAAGCCGAUGUCGAUCCCGCACUCGCACUUGUUCAGAAGCUGUUGGUCCUUGAACCGUCACAACGUGCGGCGGCAUCCGAGGUCCUGCGGGACGAGUGGCUUGUAUACGGCUCUGGGGCAGAGAAGGAAGGUAAUGACGGAAUUCUAGAGCUGACGCCCUCAACAAAGAUGCUCAGGGGGACAGCAGGGAAGGGGCAGUGGGAAAGUGCGUGA